CGAAAUCGGUGCAAUAAAAAAAAAAUUGGCGUUACUAAUAUUCUACCAGGCAAUGGUAAUUCAACUGCAACGAAAAGUCCAUGUUGUUGUUUUUCUCGGAAUCCUCCAAUUGUAUUAUUAAAUUUUAUUGUUGAUUUGUUAGAUGUCUGACAACCUAAACCGAGUGUUUCUGUGGUGCGUGCCCCGAACGGUAUCCACUGCCUUCCUGAAGUGUAUCAGCUUUGUCGAGGGCCUCCAAGUCAUUAACGAGCCUUAUCAGUGUGCCUACCAUUCGGGCCCAGAGAGGAAAAAUCCCAAGCCGAAUCUUAGUCAUCCGGUGGAGAAACGUUUGGAAGUAAUACUUGACGACACCUCCCUCGAUGAUGAGGCCCGUGGUUUCGACAAAAAAGAUUGUACAUAUGGCUGGAUUCGAGAUGAGCUGCUGGAAGCAUCAUAUGCAGGAAAGAAGAUCAUCUUCUGCAAAGAUAUGGCAUUUUAUCUUGAUGCUAAAUACCAUAUGUUACCCAAAGGUUUCCGGUACAGCUUUUUAAUUCGCCACCCAGCAAAGGUUUUCCUCUCUUGGAAGAAGUCCUUGUUGAAAACAUUCGGUGAACCAAUUGCCCAGUUCAUGGGUGAUCUACAAAAGCUACCAGACCACGUGUUUCCUGCAGGCGGUGGAUUCAAAGAGCAAUACGAAUUGUUGGAGUAUGUAGAGAAGCAUCUUGAUCCAGAGCCGGUCAUUCUGGACAUGGAUGACCUCCUUACUGAUCCACCAGGCAUCCUGUCAUCUUACUGUCACAAGUUGGGCAUCCCAUACACCUGUGAGCUUCUGUCCUGGGAAGCGGGGGCAGCCAUCACUGAAACUUGGAUUUCGUCUAAAGUGAUGGUAAAUGCUAACAAAAUCGGAGGGUUUUACGAUGAAGCUCUUGGAAGCGCGGCAUUCAAAUAUCCAGGACCUCUUCCCGCUUUCGAAAGUCUUCCCGGUGAUAUCCAGGCUUGCAUGGAGGCAUCCAUGCGAUACUAUGAGAAGCUUCACUCCAGACGCAUCAAGCCUUCUUCAACAAAUUGAGAUACAUGUAUUUCCAUUUUCCUGAUGCAUGGUUGAUGAUGCUCU